AAUCAAGGGCUGACUUAUCAAAUAAAUUAGGGAAAGAUCCAAUCCAGGUUUCUUCUUCUUCUUCUUCUCUGCUACGCCUGCCUGCCUGCCUUGCAGAAUUUGCAAAGAUCUCAUUCUCGCCGCCGCCGCCGCCAACGCCGACGAACCUCUUGAUCAAUCACAAUGACUCGCGGCAACCAGAGGGAUCGCGAUCGCGAAAGAGCUCAGGCUCGAGGAACUAGCAAGGAUAAGCAGAAAGCUGAUGGUUUGACUCCUGAACAGCGCCGAGAAAGGGAUGCAAAGGCACUGCAAGAAAAAACUGCUAAGAAGGCUGCUGCUGCAGGUGCAAGCGGUGGUGGUGGGGAAGGAAAAACCGAUAAGAAAUAAUUUGAUCAAACAGAUCUGACGAAAUCCCAUCAUUCUUCCUUCAUAUUUUUAUCAGAUCUCUUAAGUUGUUUCCUGUAUUAUCUAUCUAUCUAUCUGUUGUAUUGAUACCAUGAAAUUGGACAAGAUUCAUUAUCAGACAUAUUUAUAUGUCUGAUAAUUAUGAUGAUGAUGAUUUGAUUAUCUUUUGUUUGGUACACUAUUUUAAGGGAUUCUUCUGUUCUCCAAUAAUAUAUCUGCAGUUUCUUCUUCUUAUUC